UGGCAUUACCUUGUUCUGGCAGUGUGAUUGGAUUACCUUUUAUAGUAACUUGAAAACAGUGGGUGUCCGACAUGAUCUCAAUAUAACAUGCUGCAGCUAUGAAGCCAGGUUUUUAAUAUGUCAAGAAAUAAUCUGAAUCGCAACAGGAACGAUGUUAAUACGUCCUUGAACUCAAAUCGUCUUGUGUCACAAAAGAGUCCAAGGACGGAAAACUAACAAUAGAUGAAGAUGAUUUAAGGCAACAGACUGCUUGAUUGCUCCCCAUAAAAGAUUCAAAAGUUGAAGAUGCUGGUAAUGUGACUGGUUCACCUGUAAAAGGAGGCUGUGGUUGGCGAAGAUGUUUGGAAGUCUAUUCAAAAGAAAUGCAUCCCAGAAACUAAGUGCUCUGUUGCUGAUUUUUGGGUUUAUUUGGGGUUUGGUGCUGCUUCGUUACACCUUCCAGCAACCAAAGCAUCAAAACAGUGCAGAACUGCGUGAACAAAUUUUGGAACUGAGUAAAAGAUAUGUUCGAGCUCUAGCAGAAGAAAAUCAGAAUACGAUAGAUGGUCCGCAUGGUGCUUCAAUGGCAGGAUAUGCUGAUCUGAAAAGGACAAUCGCUGUACUGCUUGAUGAUAUAUUACAACGCUUGCGGAAGCUGGAAAACAAAGUGGACGACAUGAUUUCAAGCAGCUUGACAAAUAACACCAACAGUACCAACAACAAUUCCAUGUCUGCAGGCGCCAGUAAACAAAUGAAUGAGCAAGAGUUUUCAGCUUUGUGUGGUUUAACAUCAAUAGAUGGUUUUCCACAUUGUGAAGCCAAAGUUAAGUGGAUGAACGAGAUGUGGAAGUCUGAACCUUGCUAUGCAAGCUACGGUGUCAAUGGAUCCCUGUGCUCGUUUAUUAAGUAUCUCAGUGAGGUUGAGAAUUUUUGCCCUAUGCUUCCAGAAAGAAAACUGAAGAUUGCUGCUGCUAGUGCCUUAAAACCCAAGGCUAAGAUUUUAACCAGCCUGGACAGUUUGCUGGCAAUACUGGCUGAACAUGAAGCACUUCUGUGGAUAAAACUAAGAAUAGAGAGGAUGAAGGAGCAAUGGAUAACGGCUAUGAAAGCAUUGGCUAAGAAACACAAUUUAGAAAAUCGACCACAGAAAAAGGUUUUACUUCAUUUAGGUCUUUUGACAAAGGAAUCGGGAUUUAAGAUCGCUGAGAAUGUCUUUAAAGGAGGUCCACUUGGGGAGUUAGUGCAAUGGAGUGACCUGAUAGCCUCGGUGUACUUGCUUGGUCACAGUAUCAUCAUUUCUACAUCAGUAGAUGAGCUGAAACGGCACUUGAGCGUUCUGACUGGAAAUAAAGAUGGAUGUCCAAUCCGAGGAGAAAAGCUGCUAGAUCUCAUAUAUGUUGACAUUGUCGGGUUAAAACAACUCAAUUCUGUGCUCGGAGCAUCCUUCACUCACUAUCGAUGCUUGUUGAGGGUUCUUGAUUCUUUUGGAACUGAGCCUGAAUUUAACCAUGCUGAAUAUGUCAAGAAAAAAAAUCAUGGCUCCCCUUGGGGCAAACUCAAUCUAAUUCCAAAGCAGUUUUACAAUAUGUUCCCACACACGCCUGACAAUAGUUUUUUGGGCUUCGUUGUGGAGGAAUAUUUUAACGAAAAUCACACUGCUUUGCUUAAUAAAAUCACAAGAACCAACAAAGCCCUGGUUUAUGGAAAACUGGCAGAUUAUUGGAAGGAUAAAAUACCUUUCCUGGAUAUUGUCAGAAAAUAUGCUGAGAUUCAUGGCACAUUUCAUGAAGAACAUAAUGUCGCUUUACCCAAAUACAUAAUUAAUCAUGGAAUUCUAAACGGUCAUGAUCUUCAGCUCCUACUAAGAAAGACUAAGGUUUUUGUGGGACUUGGAUUUCCCUACGAAGGCCCUGCACCUCUGGAAGCAAUAGCAAAUGGCUGCAUAUUUUUGAAUGUAAAUUUUAACCCUCCAAAGAACAGGAAAAAUACAAAAUUCUUUCAGGGAAAGCCAACCUUCAGAGAGCUGUCAUCUCAGCAUCCUUAUGCAGAACUUUAUAUUGGGAAGCCACAUGUGUGGACUGUUGACAUUGAAAACACCAGCAAUGUAGAAGAAGCUCUCCGGCAAAUAAUGAUGCAGAAGGUGGAGCCAUAUUUACCAUAUGAAUUCACAUGUGAAGGGAUGCUGGAAAGAUUAAACGUUUUCAUUGAAAAACAGGAUUUCUGCCUCCAGAGGGAAAUAUGGCCACCAAUUAGUGCACUUAUAGUUAAAAUGGCCAAACCCUCUCAAUCAUGUGUUGAAAUCUGCCAAAAAGAGCAACUAAUUUGUGAGCCUGCUUUCUUCUACCAUCUCAACAAAGUGGCUGAGCUUAAGAGAUACAAGAUAAACUGCAAUACCUCAAAAAAGGAAAGUGACCUAUAUCUGCCAGCAUUUAACCCUCAGAACCAAAUGUGUCUGCUUCAGUCAGAUUAUUUACUCUUCAGCUGUGCAGGAUCACAAGAACAUUACAGUAGAAUUUGUCCAUGCCGAGAUUAUGUCAAAGGGCAGGUUGCAUUCUGCCAGGGUUGUCUGGAAAGAGAAGUGCACAAUUAAUCUGCGUGUUUACGGAAACUAAAGGACCAACUACCUUCAAACAAGUUAACAAGUAUAAAUCCAACAGUGAUGUUCUAGCAGCAGCAAAUGGAUAACAUGGGUAAUCAUAUUGAAGAAGAAUAAGUAACAUAAAAACCUCAAAAUCUUACAAGUAUCAAAAAAUACUGCAGAUGCUGAAAAUCUAAAACAAAAUCUAAAAGUGCUGGAGAUACUCAGCACAUUAGUCUUUGACCUGAAAUGUUGACUCUGUUUCUCUUCCCACAGAUGCAGCCUGACCUGCUGAGUAUUUCCAGCAUUUUCUGUUUUUAUUAUCCAAAACCUUAUCUUUCACUGUCAUUAUGAAAUUUAAAAAUAUUUUUGUCUGUUGCACUCUCCCUAUUCAGUCCCAGAAGCUAUAUUUUUAUUCAGAGCUUUGCAAGUUCUUAGAAGUGUAGGUUAUGUGUACCAUCGCUCCAUCCUGCAGAGUUUCACAUUCUGAACACACAUCAACAAUGGCAUGUGUGAAUCAUGACAUCACAACAUCUAAAGACCUCAAUUUUUUGAAAAUAUAAGUCAAAAUCAGGAGGAAUCAAAGUGAGCUCUGGAAUGUAAAUGCAUCACAAGUUCUCUGCUAUCUUAAUAUGUUUCCAAUAUUGUGACCAAUGUUUUUUUGUAAAUUCGUGGGUCCUGAGUCACAUAUGGGCCAGACAUGUAAGAAUGUCCUGAAGGACAAUGCUCACCAGAUGAGCUUUUACAACAAUCCAGUGACUGCAGAGUCACCGUUACUAGUCUUAGCUUUUUAUUCCAGAUUUUUUAUUCAAUUACUUGAAUUUAAAUUCAUAUCUGCAUAGUGGUUUUCUGUCUUCUGUCCCUGCUCAAUAGCCCAAGCCUCUUGAUACUAGUUAAAUAAGCUCAACCACUACAUUGCUGUAUUGUAGGUGGUUAAAGUUACUGGAUCAUUGAUCUGAAGACAUGAGGUUAAAUUUUGUUUAACUACAAAUGAUUAUAUAAAAGCCUGGAAUUGAAAAGCCAGUGUCAUUAAUGAUUCCCAUGAAACAACCUCUCUGGUUCACUAACGUACUUUACAGAAGGAAAUUCGUGAUCCUCACCCAGUCAGCCUUCUGGUGACUUUAAGCCCAGAAAACUGGAUGACUUGUAACCGUCCUCUAGAAUAGCCCAGAAAGGCAAUCAGCUCAUGGGAAGAUAGGACAGUUAGUAAAAUAAAUAUCUACAUGAACAACACGUUUAACAAAGUACAUAAUGGUGCAUACAAUAACUGCAUUUCCCAGAGAGAAUAUGAUCUGGACUUUCACAGGGAAAGAAAAAUGCAGCCAGCCUGCAGAUGAAAUGGAAAUGCAAAGCCAAUGACUAAAUCAGACGCCAGCACAUAGACACAUAUUAAGUUACAGUUGAGGGAGAAGCACAUGUAAAGAGCAGACUAUCAGUGGAAGGUUCAGUGACAUGUGUGUGUGUGUAUAUACACACACACACACAUAUGCAUACAUACACACACACACAUACAUACAUAUAUAUAUACACACACACACA